AUGUUGUCAUCAUCCUCCAUCUACGCUCUCCUGCUCACCCUCGUAGGUGUGGUCUCCUACAAACACAUUGCGAGCUCUCAGAGAAUACCUCUCCCUCCUGGUCCACCCGCACACUGGUUUUACGGCACGAAGACAUUCCCGGGAAAAUACAGGUCACAGACCUUUGCCCAGUGGACAGAGGAGUAUGGGCCCGUAUUCUCGCUAAGGAGGGGGAAGAACGUGUUCAUUAUCAUUGGGCGAUAUCAGGCGGCCCUGGACAUACUGGAAAAGGAGGGUGCAGCCCUGGCGGACAGACCAAGACUCAUCGCUGCAUCGGAGAUUCUCUCGGGAGGCAACCGCCUGCUCACGAUGCGUGCUGGAGAGCGGGUCAACCGAUUCCGCAAAGCCCUGCAUGCCCUCGUCCAACCAAAGGUGGCCGCCUCGUACGAGUCCAUUCAGACCCAACAUGCGCAUAACUUCAUUCUCGAUAUCCUCGCCGAUCCAUCUCGCCACCAAUUUCACGCACAACGCUACGCCGCGAGCGUAAUCAUGAGCAUCACGUAUGGGAAGCGGACACCCACGUCGUAUACCGACCCCGAGGUCAUCGCUAUCCGACAGUGCAUCACGCGCAUGGGCAAGACAACGGUUCCUGGCGCAUAUCUGGUAGACUCGUUUCCGAUUUUGAGGUAUUUGCCUGGGUACACGAGUGAGCUCAGGCGCUGGAGGGAGGAGGAAAGGGGAUUGUUCGAGGGGAUGAUCCAUGAGGCAAAGGGGCGGAUUGCAUCGGAACAGGCAGGGCCAUGCCUCGCGCAGUAUCUCCUCGAGAACCAGCAGGCGCUCAAACUGAGCAACGUUGAGUUGGCAUAUCUCGCUGGGUCGAUGUUCGGCGCCGGGUCGGAUACGACUGCACCAGCAAUCAGCGUUAUGAUUAUGGCAGCCGCUUGCUUCACCGAAGCCCAGGUCCGUGUGCAAGACGAACUCGACGCUACCAUCGGGCGCCACCGAGCUCCAACAUUCAGCGACCGCCAUUCCCUCCCCCAAGUCUCCGCCUUCGUACUCGAGUGCCUGCGCUGGCGUACUGUCACACCAGGCGGCAUGGCCCAUGCCGCCACGCGCGACAUCAUCAUCCCACAAGAUAUCAGCGGUAACGGGUCAUACCGGAUCCCGGCAGGCGCGACUGUCGUCGGCGACAUCUGGUCCAUCUCGCAGGACCCAGACGCGUACCCCGAUUCGCAUAUAUUCGACCCACAGCGGUGGAUCGAUGCGCACGGGGAGCUCUGCGAGGCUGAUCCGUCCGCCAAGACGUCCAAGCCCGUCCCUUCCUUUACCUCUGGCAAUGACUCACAGCUUGGAGAAACCGGGGCUCAACCACAGCCGCGUUUCUUCACGUGGGGGUUCGGGAGGAGAGUUUGCCCAGGGCGGGAGGUUGCAUCGCGCUCGCUGUACAUCAAUGCAGCGUUGUUGCUGUGGGCGUUCCACAUAACGCAGAUCGAGGGCAAGGAGAUCGAUACGAUGGCAUUUUCGGAUGGUGCUAUUGUGCAUCCGAACCCGUUUGAGGUUAAGUUCGAACCGAGGGUGAGCGAAGAGGAGAUUCGGAGGGCGUUGAGUGAGACUGAGUAG